AUGUAAAGGGAAAUCAAUAUAGAUAGAGAAAUCCAUAUAAUUAGUGAUUAAUAAUUAGGUACAAACAUCUAACUUUUAAAUGAUGAAAAGCAGAUGAAGUCUAUAAAAAAUUUUUAAGAAGACAAUUAAAAUUUUGCUGAAAAUUAGCAUAACUAUUACAAACCAGGCAUGAGUUCAACCUCGCCAAAUACUUAUCAUUAUUAUAGGAACGAAAUAAACUAAAUAUAAGAAAGCAACAAUAUUUCUUACAACUAAACUCCUUAAAUGCUUUCUCUUUAGAGUUUUAAAGAAUAGAACUAAAAUAUGAGUUUUGAAAGGUUAAAAAACCAUACAAACAGGUAAAAUUCUCACUUCAAGUAAUAGAUUCCAGCUAUAUAGCUUAAGGGCGAUGAAGAUAGCUAAUCUGUUCAUACUAAUUUUAGACAAGUUGAUUCAAUUAAGGAGAGAGAUUGUGGUUCUUCAUCUCAUUCUAAUUCAUUUAGUAGGAUUCGCAGGGAUUCUUAAUAAGGUCAAUCUGAAGUAAGAACUAAUAGUUUAAAUCCUUAAACAAAAUAUGCAUUAGCUAAGAUAAGUAAAAAGAAUGGAGAUAUUUUCUAAUCGUAUCAUGAAGAUGAUGAAAAAUAAAAUAGAAAAGAUUCAAAAUUUUUAUCUGUUCAUGCUCCAUCAAUUUAUAAGCCAGAUGAUGCGAAUGAUAGCUUGAGCGUAUCUAAAUUCCAAAAAAGCGGAUACUUAUCUGUAAGAGGAAAUAACUCUUUUUAAAAAGAGAAAUCUGACUAAUAAGAAUCUUAAAAUUAAGGUACAAAAAGCUACAGAGAUGAUAUCUCUGAGCUACAACAAACUAUAUUUAAUCGUCCGCGAUUGGGACUAAAUAUGCUUUGGAAAAAAAGAUCUCUAUCUAUCAUAUAAAAAGUAGCUCGAUUUAUAAACAUAAUUCUUUUGUUUAGUAUGAAAAAAAGAUUUAAAUAGCUUAAAAAGUCUGAUUUCGAAUUAAUAGGAGACUAUGCGAGUAGCUAUGAAUAUUAUUUGUACAAGGACUAGUUUGAGAAUUAAAAAACAUCUCUGUACUAAAAAGUUGCUUUCACGCUUUUUGAAGGAUUAAAUAAAAAUUUUAAAAGUAUGAGAGAAUUCUGUAAUCUUUAAGUGCUUAAGCCUUAUUAAACGAUUAAGUUGUUAUGGGACAUUCUGAUGGUAGGAAUUACUACUUUAAAUAUAGUUUUAGUACCUUUGAUUUGCUUUGUUGAUAGCAUUGACGAUACCAGCUAGUGGAUUUAAUUCAUUUACCUCUCAAGCAUAGCAUUUAUUGCUGAUAUUUUUAUAACUCUUAACACCGCUUUCUUUUAGUCUGGUGUAAUACAAGAAAAUAGAGGUUAGAUAAUUAAAAGAUAUAUCAAAUAAGAUCUCUUACUUGAUAUUGUAACCCUAUUACCUUAUAUUUCCGGAGCUGCAGGUUUAAGCAAAUAUCUUUUGCUACUUAUUAUAUUAAAAGCAUACAAGCUUACUUAGAUUAGAAAACAUCUGGUUGAAACAAUUUAGCCAGGCGAAAAAUUUCUUAUUGUUAUAAGAAUUAUAAAUGUAUUUCUACUUAUAUUUUUCAUUGCUCACUUGAUAGCAACUGGAUUUAUUUGGGUUGCUAUGCAGUAAUAUCAAACACAAGAUGACUAUGACAGCGUAGUUACUUGGAUUUCUAAAGCCGGACUACUUUAUAAACCUUGGGGUUAAGUAUAUUUGAAUGCACUUUACUGGGCCAUCAUAUCAAUGAUUACUAUUGGGUAUGGAGACAUUACUCCUUAGACAGUUGAGGAAAAGGCUUAUACUAUUUCAAUUUGCAUGAUAUCAAGUGCUGUCUUUGCUUAUUGCAUUAACACAAUCAGCCAAAUUAUUUCAGACUUGAAGUAAAAAUAGAAGAAGCUAAAAGCAAGAAUAAAAAAUUUAAACUAAUUCCUAGAUACUAGAGGCUUAGACAAACAUUUGUAAAUUAAAGUAAGAAAAUUUAUAGAGCACAUUCAUAUUUCAGAAGAGUUCGAAGGAUCAGCUAUGAAGGAUUUAGAAAUUAUACCCAAACAAAUUAAAUAAGAAGUUUAAAUUGAUAUUUAUGGAAAAAUUUUGAAAAAAAUUCAGCUAUUUUAGUUUAACUUUUCUGAGGAGGCCAUAAACAACUUGGCUCUUAAAGUAACUGAAUCCAGUUUCACAGCUGGUGAAUUCCUGUUUAGGUAAGGAGAGUAGUCUGAAAAGAUGUAUAUUUUGAUGUAAGGAAAAGUUGAGCUAUAAAUAGAAAUGAAGAGUAAAGAUAAAGAAGAUUUAUAAAGUACAAUAUAUGUUCUUGAAAAGGGACAAAUAUUUGGAGUUGAAGAGUUUUUUGGUGAGCACACAAGAAACUUCACAGCUAAGGCAGUAGAUGUCAGCAGAGUUAUAGAAAUUUCUUAAAAAAAUAUUAUUUAAUCGCUUUCAUCGACAUCAUAAAAUGAUAUUGAAAAAUUUCAAAUGAUGAAGGACAAAGUUAAAUUCUCGAAUUCGACAAGAGGACUAGGAGUCUAGUGUUACUAUUGUCUAAGAUAUACUCACAGCUAUUAAGACUGUCCAAAUUUUAAUGUAUCAAAUAAUAAGCUUGUGUGUUUAGCAAAAUAUAACUACAGCUAAAAUAUUUUGGUUAGAAAUGAAUAUAGAAGGUGUGGUAAAAAGAUUAAUUCAGUCGCUUUAAAACCUUUCCUGUCAAACAGCGUCGACUAUUAUCUCCAUUAUAGAUAGUUUUAAGAUAAUAAUAAAUAAACUGAUGGAUUUACAGAGGACACAGUUGAAAAUGUGAGACCGAGAAACAUAUCUAACUUUAGCUACCAUAUGAACUCUCAAAGAAACAUAUUCAAGAAUUACAUAAGUGGCAAUGACUCUAAUAAUUAAACAUCUAUAAAAUUAGCAGCUGCACCUAAUCCAUAACCUUCUUUGAUGCUUGUCGAAGCACUAGACUAAUAAUUUUAGCUCUAACAGUAAUAACAAUAUCAAUUGUCUUAGUAGUCAGAAAACAUGCUUGAAGAUAGACCAUCCAUUUCUAAUAUUAGACCAAAUUAUAAAAAUUUAAGAUAAAAAAGUAGGGAACACAGUGUAAAUAGAAUCUAAAAGAGAAAUCUAACUAAUAUUGUUGAAGAGAGGUCAUUCAUGAAUGAAACAAAUAUAACUUCGAAUCCAUCUUAAUUUUAAUCCAAUCUAAAUGCUAUGAGUAGCAAUAAUCAAGUUUUGCUUAGAAAUUCUACAGGAAUCAGAAAUUUAACUUGGAAUGGUGUUUAAUAGAAUUUGUACUAGCAUUAAUUUUCAAAUCCAAAAUUUGAUAGCACAAAUGAUAAUCAAGACCAAAACUAAAAAUCCCCAAGUCUCCUUCACUAUUAAUUAUCUCCUCAACUUUUACCAUAAAACAUUUUAUCAAAUAAUAGUCUAAACUCUAUUCCUAAUCCUACAAGUAGUAUUAAUGUAAACUACAAUAAUAACACUACAACUAAUAACUCGGCAAUGAACAAUAAUUAUAUUCCUACUGUAAACAGUGCAUUUGGAACUAAUAUUUAGAACGAUCUUGUUGCUGGUAAGACUUCUUCGAAUUAUAUUUCUUUAAAUGAAAGAAGAAACUCUUUAGCUACUCCAAAAAAUAAUGUGUACAGCAAUACGAAUAAUAAUCUGAGUCAAGGUGGAAAUCAACAAUAAAGAGAUUAAAAUGGUAACCCUAAUUAAAGCCUUUCUUAACAGUUUAUUCAAACCUAAAACAGUAAUCAACCAACUAACAGCGAGCUUAAUGCCUUUAAAAAUUAGUUAAAUAACAAUGAGCUCCAAAUUGAAAUUUAAUCUAUUAGAAAUAUAAAAGCCUCGAGCAACUGGGAGAUAGAAUCCAUGAAAUUAUUUGAUAAAUUUAGAAUCUACAAAUAAUACUUCCCCUACAAUAAUAUAGAUAAAGUUCUAGUCAGAGUGAACGGAGCCUAUUUCCUUAUUUAACAAAAGAGAGAAAGAAAUAAGAAAAAGAUGUCAUUGAAGAAAUUAAUGAAGAAAAAUAGUAUUAUGAUUGAUGGAGGAUUAUUAAACUCUUCUAAAAAAAAUACAUCUAAGAAAUUUAGUUUAAACAAUAUGGAUAUAAAUUCUAUUAAUAUUAAAUAGCCAAAUACACCAUCUAAAUCUAAAGAAAAAGAUAGAGAUAGUCAAAAAUAUUUGUAUACAAAAGACAAAAGUUUAUCAGGUGGUGGGUAAAAUAUGAGGCCUCAUAAAUUUAGUCAUUAGGAUUCAACAACGAUUAAUAAUCCAAUUUGA